AUGCAGUUAAAAUCGAGCUUCAGCCACAUUCGAUUUGGUCUGAUGGUCGGGAUAGGAGGAGGAAUACCAAAUGAAGAAGCAGAUAUCCGCCUGGGUGAUGUCGUGGUCAGCAAGCCAACACAUACCCAUGGAGGAGUGGUACAAUUUGAUUAUGGCAAAGCGCUGAAUGGCGGCGAGUUUCAGCGAACAGGCAUGCUCAGCCAGCCACCUCAGAUCCUCUUGACUGCGCUCUCCAAACUGCAAGCAAAUCAUAUCACGGGCCGGAGCCGAUUCCUGGAUUUUCUGGCUGAGAUCGAACGCAAGAUACCCCAAAAAUCUUCCCCUCUGGCUCGCCCUACCAAGGAUGAUUGUUUAUAUCGUGCCGAUCACAUUCAUGUCGAUGUCAGUUCUAAGACUUGUUGUGCUUGUGAUGAAACCAAAACCGUUUCUCGGCCUUCGCGGGAUUCAAACCAGCCUAUGAUCCAUUAUGGCCUGAUUGCAUCUUCGAAUCAACUGGUGAGAGACAGUCAAUUACGGGAUGAGCUGGGCCGUGAAUUGGAUGCAUAUUGCGUGGAGAUGGAAGCUGCGGGACUCAUGAAUAAUUAUCCGUGUCUGGUCAUUCGUGGCAUCUGCGACUACGCCGACUCGCAUAAGAAUAAAGAAUGGCAGGGAUAUGCCGCGACAGUGGCGGCAGCAUAUGCCAAAGAGCUUCUCUCGGUGAUCUCGGUUCUUCGUAUUGAUCAAACACGAACUGUGGAGGAUACUCUGCUCAACCCUGGUGUUACCACUGCAUCACAUUCGAAAGACCUGUCGAGACCGGUCACUCCGACUCCUUUCCAACCGACUCCUUUCCAACCCAGUCCACCCGUGGUGCUCAAUCAGAGUGAGCUGGAUGGAAUUUAUGUGGGCACCAUCAGGGGUGGAGAGAUAAUCCCGAGGCUAAUCCAAGAUCCUGCUUUUUGGAGGGCAGAGAUCAAUGCCCUGAUAAGGCAGCUACUUUUAAUACAUCCCCAAUGGUGGGUAGAGCGCACGCAGCAAACAGAAAAAACCAUGAAUGAUUUCUUCGCUCGCAACAGGCUCACCUUUAGAGUGAACAUUGUUCAAAGAAGAACUGCCCGUCCAGACUACUCUGGACAUGAUCGUCAGUACCUCGAUUCACUUUUCCAUCAUAAUCUAGGUUGGUUAAACGGAUUCAGCGUGAAAGAAGGUGUUCCUGAGAUUAAUUUGGCUAUACUCAACCUAUGGUCUAUCCUUGAGUUUCUAGAUAGAGGUUAA